AUGUCCAAAUCCAACGUGGCGGUGAUAGACUGUGGAACAGGUUUCACGAAGUGUGGUUGGGCAGGCAAUCAGUCGCCGAGCUUCACGUUCCCCACGGCCAUCGCAGUUCGUCCCUCUGGCGGUGCAGGUGGUGCAUCUUCCACCUCAGCUUCCAGGGCUCCCGGUGCUCCUUCCAAACCUGGCGGAUUGGCCGGCAGCAGCUUGGCUAGCAAGCGAGGUAUCGAGGACUUGGACUUCUUCAUCGGAAACGAGGCUGUUGCGAACGCCAAGACGUAUCAGCGUGAGUGAGAGAUUUGUGGAAGCGCGUACGGCCGAGAAAGAUGCUGUGAUCCUUCGGCACAGCGAAGGCAAGCUACAAUCUGGCCCAAUCAAACACUCAUGUACUCUUUCGCCCCUUGCCAUCACAGUCGAGCAGCCUAUCAAGCAUGGGCUGGUCGAAAACUGGGACUUGAUGGAGAGGUUCUGGGAGCAGUGCUUUUUCAAGUAUCUGCGAGCGGAGCCCGAAGAUCACUACACGAUGUUGGUGAGUUCCAAUCACCUCUGCUAGGCAGCAAUUCUGUGGCGAUAUACGAGAACCUGAGAGCACCUGGACCUUGCUCAAAGUGCAAUGUGCUGACGCCUCGUACGCAAUCCAUCCCCGGUCUCCAACUUUGGUCAGACGGAGCCACCUCUGAAUCCUCCCGAGAAUAGAGAGAAUACGGCAGAGAUUAUGUUCGAGUCGUUCAAUGUCAAGGGUCUUUAUAUUGCCGUCCAGGCCGUUCUUGCCCUGGCUGCUAGCUGGAGCAGUAACAAGGUGACGGACAGAACUCUAACCGGUACUGUCAUCGACUCUGGAGAUGGUGUCACACACGUCAUUCCAGUGGUGAGUGGCAUGCCGUAGAGUGCAGACAUUGAGCACGGCUACGCUUGCUGACAGGUAGACCCGUUUGACGCGAUUUGCGACUUCUUGCAGGCGGAAGGCUAUGUGAUUGGCAGCGCAAUCAAACACAUUCCCAUCGCUGGACGAGAUAUCACGUACUUCGUCCAGCAGUUACUCAGAGAAAGGGGCGAGGCGGCCAAUAUCCCACCAGAGGAUAGCAGGAGGGUGGCAGAGAAGAUCAAGGAAGAUUACAGGUGCGUAUAGACGCAUUGAAGUUGUUGGUUGAUAGCAAGACUGACAGCUAGCCCCCUUCUCGUUUAAUACUUUAGUUACGUGUGCCAAGACAUUGUUCGAGAAUUUAGGCGCUACGAUGUAGAUCCAUUGAAGUACUUCGAGCGCUUUGAAGGCGAGCAUACAGUGACGGGCCGCAAAUACUCUGUGGACGUCGGUUAUGAAAGAUUUCUGGCGCCAGAAAUUUUCUUCAAUCCAGAGAUUGCCAGUUCGGACUUUUUAACCCCAUUGCCAGAGGUGGUCGACACCGUGAUCCAGCAAAGCCCAAUUGAUGUCAGGAGAGGUCUCUACAAGGUGCGUCUCCAGCAUUUUUUUUUGGGCGCAAACCUCCAGCGUCGACUAAAGACUCAGAAUGAGAGACUGACCUCAAGUUCUGCUCUGUCGCUUUUGCGCCGCAGAACAUUGUUCUUUCCGGAGGUUCCACCAUGUUUGCACACUUUGGUCAACGAUUGAGGAAAGACUUGCGCUCGAUCGUCGAUUCCAGACUGGCUGCAUCCGAGGUUGCAAGCGGAAGUCUAAUGCGCAGUUCGGGCAUUGACGUCAGUGAGUGUUGGCCGCGUUGUGUGUGCGGUGCCAAUGGUAUCAGGAUGUUUACAUGUGCGGCCGACUGACAAGUUUUUUCCGCUGCCUCCCCCGCUCAGAUGUCAUUUCGCACAAAAUGCAACGGUACGCUGUGUGGUACGGCGGUUCUCUUCUGGGCAGUCUUCCAGACUUCCAAGGUGCUUGCUACUCCAAAGCAGACUAUGAUGAGCAUGGUCCAGGCAUCGUUAGAAAGUUCAGCAUCUUUGGACAGGCCAGCUAG